AAAUGUUUUUCUCUCAGAUCCCCCAGCCUUGUGCUCAACACCUAGGCCCCAUGGUUCAGCUUUGUCUCCCUUCCAUGGGCAACAGCCUGGCCAGAGCCCUGUUGCCUGGCAACCUUGCCUCCUCAGGUGGGGCUCCAGUGGUCCACCAGGUAGUCCUCAGCAGACCAAUGGAACAAACUGGGAGUCCUAAAGGCAUGAGAGACCCCACUAGGAAGUACACUCUCCACCCCCAUGGAGGUGGCAGCGCCCAGGGGUGGGGUGAUAAUUGUUUCUCCUAGUACCUGAAGGACUCUUGUCCGAGAGUCAUGAAUUCCUAGCAUUCCCUGUGCCAGGACAGGACGGGGAGAUGGGGGCAGGGGAGAGGGCACGGCCCCACCUAGGGCUGUGGCCACAUCAGUGAGAGGCAGACAGAGCCAGGAGCCUGGACAGGAGGCAGGAUGGCAGCGAGGGGAACAGCUGGAGCCUGGGUGCUGGUCCUAAGUCUAUGGGGUGAGCCACUCCCCCCCACCUGUGGAAGGCACUGCUGCCCCUUCCCCAGAACUUACCUGGAAUCUGGGCGCUGCUCUUCCAGCUCCCCUGCCCACCCUGUGCUAAUUCUCAGUCCCAUCUGCCUUCUGGCCCCUCCACCUUGGUGCUGUCUCCCAGGGACAGUGGUAGGUGGUCAAAAUCUCACAGUCCGGAUUGGGAAGCCACUGGUGCUGAACUGUAAGGGUGCUCCCAGGAAACCACCCCAGCAGCUGGAAUGGAAACUGAACACAGGCCGGACAGAAGCCUGGAAGGUCCUGUCUCCCCGGGGAGAGCCCUGGGAUAGCGUGGCUCGAGUGCUCCCCAACGGCUCCCUCCUCCUGCCGGCCAUCGGGAUCCAGGAUGAGGGGACUUUCCAGUGCCGGGCAAUGACCCGGAAAGGAAAGGAGACUAAGUCCAACUACCAAGUCCGAGUCUACCAGAUUCCUGGGAAGCCAGAAAUUGUUGAUCCUGCCUCUGAACUCAAGGCUGGUGUCCCCAGUAAGGUGGGGACAUGUGUGUCCGAGGGGGGCUACCCUGCAGGGACUCUUAGCUGGCACUUGGAUGGUAAACCUCUGAUGCCUGAUGGCAAAGGUGAGUCUCAAGGUCCCUUCUCCUACUGCUUUUCCGAUCCCUCUCUCACACCCUGGCAUACCUUGCCCUCUCCUUCCUCCACCACAGGGGUUUUUGUGAAGGAAGAAACCAGGAGACACCCUGAGUCAGGGCUUUUCACACUCCAGUCGGAGCUGAUGGUGACCCCGGCCCAGGGAGGAGCGUCCCACCCGACCUUCUCCUGCAGCUUCAGCCCUGGCCUCCCCCAACGACGAGCCCUGCACACGGCCCCCAUCCAGCUCAGUGUCUGGGGCGAGCACAGAGCCCCAGAGCCUGCGCCUCUGGACCAAGUCCAGGUGGUGGUGGAGCCAGAAGGUGGAGCAGUAGCUCUCGGUGGUACUGUGACCCUGACCUGUGAAGCUCCCACCCAGCCCCCUCCACAGAUCCACUGGAUCAAGGAUGGCGCACCCCUUCCCCACCCCCCCAGCCCAGUGCUGCUCAUCCCGGAGGUGAGGCCUCAGGAUCAAGGAACCUAUAGCUGUGUGGCCACCCACCCCGGCCACAGGCCCCAGGAAAGCCGUGCCAUCAGCAUCAGCAUCAUCGAAACAGGCAAGGAGGGGCCAACUGCAGGUAAGGAGUUGUCGGAUAAGCUCAGAGGAGCAGCCACACCUCAAUAUGACUGGAGGGAUGGUCAAAAAAAGGAAUCAUUACUGGUGGGGCUGCGUCCUCCAUCCUCCCUAUUUCCCUGCAGGCUCUGUGGGAGGGCCUGGGCUGGGAACUCUGGCCCUGGCCCUGGGGAUCCUCGGAGGCCUCGGGGCAGCAGCCCUGUUCAUUGGGGUCAUCAUGUGGCAAAGGCGUCAACGCCAAGGAGAGGAGAGGAAGGCCCCAGAAAACCAGGAGGAGGAGGAGGAAGAGCGUGCAGAGCUGAAUCAGUUGGAGGAGCCUGAGGCAGCUGAGAGCGGUGUCAGAGGGCCCUGAGGAGCCCACAGCCAUCCCCAUCCUUCAGCUCCCUUUUCUCUUCCCCACACUGCUUUGGCCCCAGACCAGUUCUCCCUUGUAUAACCUCUACCCACCUUGCCAAACUUUCUUCCACAACCAAAGCUUCCCAUCAAUAGUGAUAAGUAAACUCCUGACAUAUCUUGCC